ACAAGUCUUACAAUAUUCAGACUUGACGGAAAAUUAUAAUAGCACCUUCUUCAAGUUGCCAAGGCAGCUAUUUAUUAUGCCGAUUGAAAACGAACAGAAUCUCAGGAAUUUUGAAAUGUUUACGAAACUUCACGCAUUAUCACUUCACGUAUGGUUCGUCAUCUUUUGGGGACCCAUGAAACGAGCAUUACAUAAUUUUUGCGAAAAGCCGGAUAAAAAUCGUUUCCAUUUGAAUUUUGAUACACUGCUUCUGGUAAAAUGUUACAAUAAUUCGCAUAUUCAUGAGUGGUAUACCGUGAAUAAUAAUAAAGAGGUUCAGAUGACCGACCUUAUGGAAUGGCAACCCGGAUCUAAUUUGGUUAUAAAGUCCUAUCAAAACUUAUACAGACGUCGUCACGAUGUUGCUGGUAGUCUUUUGAGAGUAUCGUCGGUAAAGGAGCAUCCAACUUCAUUAGUUCAUAGAAUGAAUGGAGAAAAUCAUACGAUGUUUACGAAAAUUAUAAUAGAAUUGGCGUCGCACAUGAAUUUUACCCUAAACUUUUCGUGGAUCGAUGAUUUUUAUGGCAUUUGGAAUGAAACUGAGUCUAAAUGGACAGGAAUAUUAGGAAGACUUCAAUCUCAACAAAUCGAUUUGGCUGCUUCAGAGAUGAUUAUGACAAAAGAAAGAGUGGCCAAUUUUGAUUUUACAUGUCCGUUAAUCUUAACGAGAGCUAAACUCUUUAUUAAGCAGCCUCGACCUUCCGAAGUUCAGUGGAAAACUUAUUUAAAGGCCUUCGACCACAAAACUUGGAUAUCACUUAUAAUUUUAAUAAUAUUGUCAGGAACAAUCGUAACAUAUAUGAAAAUAAAAAUUAGCAAAGUAGAUUGCCUGAAAAAUUAUUUAGUAGAAAAUUAUUUAUAUAUUUGGGGCAUUUAUUGUCAGCAAGGAUUAUCAGAAUUUCCUUGUCCAUCAUCAUUAAGAAUAGCCUUCAUGUCCAUAAUUUGUUCUGGUAUUGUUUUCUCGGCUCUUUAUUCAGCUUGUAUAACCAGUUAUUUGGCCAUUUUCACUCCCAACGUACCAUUCCGUUCUUUGCCAAAAUAUACUAAAGACGGCACAUACAAGCUAAUUGUUCUUCGAAAUAGUGCCGAACACGAAAUGUUUCGAAUUUCGCAGGAUUUUAUACUGAAAAAAAUGAAUAAAUUUAUGAAAGAAGAGAAGGAUUUACCUAUAAAUGAUGUAGAUGCGUUUGAGCAGAUCUGUCAAGAACGAGUAGCACUUUAUUCGAAUAGCGCAAUGAAAAAUAAAGUAGAUAAUUUUAUUCCUUGUAAACUGUAUGGCGUAAAGACAGUAUUCUAA